AUGUCUAACACCAUCGCCACCGAAUCAGCACCCGAGACGCUGCAAGACUUUGCAUCACUCCUCACCUCACUCUCCGUCUCUGGUGGCAAGCCGAUCGCGAAGCCCACGGAAGGACCACCACGCCCAUCAGCCUUCGCCACACCAACGUCCAUCCUGGUGCCAGAGAAGCUGCCAACCUACACAGAAUCCGAGUCGACUCGAGGCACGAAGCGUAAAGCCGAAGUCCCUUGCCAAAAGCCUCAACCAGAUCCGAACAACCCCUUCUUCGACGCGCGCCUCGAUCUCAAGCAUGGCGCUGGCCUGAUCUUCAAAAUUCUCAACGCCGCCCACACCAGCUCAAACCACUGGACCGGCACCAUGGUCGAGUCCCAAUUCCUACAAUUCGCCCAGAAGGCCAAACAGAACCCCUCCCACGCCCUCAACCGCAUCUGCAAAGACAUCAACCACGUCCUCGACCUACUCCGUUUCGGCCGCAAAGGCUGGACCCUUACAGACUUGCCGCAUAACUUCUUCGAGGACGUCGAGCAGCUUCUUCCGGACAUCAUCAUGCACCUGAAUAGACUCAGCGACUAUCGUGGUUGUGGGUGGUUGUUGGACAAGGUGGUCUUGCUGGUGGUGGAGGUCGAGAAGCGGGUGAAGGGGAUUCGGAAGGAGAGGUGUAGGAUUGAGAUGGAGGCGAAGGCGAAGGGUAGGGGGUUUUGGGAGAGGGAUGCGCAGAAGUUGAUUAAGAGCGAGGAUCCGGGGAAGGCGAUGGAGAGGGUCUUUGGGUUUAAGACGGCGAGGAAGGAGGUGGUGGAAGAGCUCGCGAAGGUGGAUGAGGAGAUGGAUGAGGAGAUGGAUGAAGAUUGA